AUGGCCAAGUCCAAGAACCACACCACACACAACCAGUCCCGGAAAUGGCACAGAAAUGGCAUCAAGAAACCCCGGUCACAAAGAUACGAAUCUCUCAAGGGGGUGGACCCCAAGUUCCUGAGGAACAUGCGUUUUGCCAAGAAGCACAACAAGAAAGGCCUGAAGAAGAUGCAGGCAAAUAACGCAAAGGCCGCGAGUGCACGUGCGGAGGCCAUCAAGGCCCUGGUGAAGCCCCAGGUGGUGAAGCCCAAGGUGCCAAAGGGCCCCAGCCGCAAACUCACCCGUCUCGCUUUCAUCGCUCACCCCAAGCUUGGGAAGCAGAUUAGAAGCUACAUGGCCAGGGGUCGUAGGCUCCAAAAAACAAAGCCCAAGGUUCAAGCCAACGCAGAGGCCUCAGCUGCAGCUCAGGCUCCCAAAGGUGCCUGCGAAGGCCCCAUAAGAAAGGUCUCAGCCUGCCAGUGUGAAGAGAUGGACUGGUGUGGAUUCUACACAGUGUCUGCAGGUGGUCAGUUUUCCUUAUGGUCCCAAGUGUCAUGGUCAGACAUGGCCAAGUCAGUGGAGAGAAGGUACUGCAACUUUCCCAUGAGUCACCUCAAGGAGGAAACCUGUCCCAGGAGUUCUCUGGCAGACUUGGAUCUUCCACAUCCUCUUGGCCAUGUGCCACCUCCUGAAGCAAUCUCUAGCAGAGAAGAAUAA